AUGGAAAUACCAGUGCUCUUGAACAGAAAAUCCUAUAGAAAGAUGUGGAUACACUCCAGUCCAUUAAGGGUAAAGCCCUCCCCCCUGUUGAGCGCACCUACACGGAGCGUUGUUGCAAGGAGGCAGCAUCCGUCAUCAGGGACCUCAACCACCCAGGUCAUGCUCUCUUCUCACUGCUGCCAUCAAGAAGGUAUAGGAGACUCAGGAUUCACACCACCAGGUUCAGGAAUAGUUAUUACCUCUUAACCAUCAGGCUCUUGAACCAGAGGGGAUAACUUCACUUGCCCCAUCAUUGAAAUGUUCCCACAACCAAUGGACUCACUUUCAGGGACUCAUCUCAUGUUAUCGAUAUUUAUGUGUUAUCAUUCUUUCUUUUUGUAUUUGCACAGUUUAUUGUCUUUUGCACACUGGUUGAAUGCCCAGGUUUAUUUAUUUAUUGAGAUAUGGCGCAGAGUAGGCACUUCGGCCCUUUGAGCUCUGCCAUCCAGCAAUCCCCAGUUUAAUCCUAGCUUAAUCACGGGACAAUUUACAAUGACCAACUAACUUACCAACCGGUACGUCUUUAGACUGUGGGAGGAAACCGGAGCACUCAGAGGAAACCCAGGUGGUCACAGGGUGAACAUAUAAACUCCUUACUGGCAACGACAGGAAUUUAACGCGGGUCACAGGCCUAACGUUUGUGCUGAGAGAGAGGUGGUGGUGAUUGGCCAUAGGCAGCCGUGCAUUCAGGCCUUCACCCGGAUGGUCAAGGUGUGGAAACAAGGAUGCGGAAAGCAGAAAUGGUGCGUGGGACGUGAAAGAAGGACUGCAUAUUACACUGCAUACAGACAAGCGUACAGCAUGGACUUCCAGACCGUGUACAAGUGUUGCCCUGGGUGGAAACGACUAAACAACGAAGCUGGAUGUUUGUACCCUAUUUGCAGCACUGGAGUCUGCUUUAAUGGUGGCAAGUGCAUUGAAGGAACAUCACAGUUAUGUCAGUGCCCAGAAGGCUUUCAAGGACCUCGUUGUCAAUAUGACAUGAACGAAUGUGAGGCGGACAACGGGGGCUGUGAAGGACAAUGCUGUAACACCAUUGGCAGCUACUACUGCCACUGCAACGCGGGCUCGAAGCUGAAGGCUGAUGGGAAGACCUGCGAAGAUGUGGACGAGUGUCAAGUCCACAAUGGAGGCUGUCAGCACAAAUGCGUGAAUACCCAGGGGUCGCAUUACUGUGAGUGUAAACCAGGCUUCCGACUCCACAUCGAUGGCCGCACCUGUAUUGGCAUCAAUACAUGCUUAAUUGGAAAUGGAGGCUGUGAACAUGACUGUGUUCAGCUGUCGAUAGCCCAUUACCAGUGUAAAUGCCGACACAACUACCAGCUCAAGGACGAUGGGAAGCACUGUGAGCUGAAGAACCCAUGUGCUGACAGGAAUGGUGGCUGUAUGCACAUUUGCCAAAACUACCAUGGAGUCGCCAGGUGCAAUUGCUACCCUGGAUACGGAUUGGCGAGUGACGUCAAAGGAUGUGAAGAUGUUGAUGAGUGUGUGUUUGGAAUCGCUGAGUGCUCACAUGGAUGCAUCAACACUCGCGGAUCUUUCUCCUGUGUUUGCAAUGCAGGCUACGAGCUGGGCUCUGAUGGGAAACAGUGCUACCGGAUUGAGAUGGAGAUCGUCAAUGGUUGUGAGUCAAACAAUGGGGGAUGUUCCCAUCACUGCCAACACACAGCUGCUGGCCCUCAGUGCAGCUGCAAUCAAGGCUUUCAUCUGGAUGCUGAUCAGAAGACAUGUGUAGAUCUGGAUGAGUGUGAAGCCGGAGCUGGCUGCUGUCAACAAGACUGUUACAACACCCCUGGAGGCUAUGAGUGUGGCUGCCACGCCGGGUACCGGCUCAGUCUGGAUGGCUGCAUGUGUGAUGAUGUUGACGAAUGUGCUGCAGAAGAAGACAUGUGUGAGCAUUUCUGCCAGAACACAGAAGGAUCUUUCCACUGUCUCUGCUACUUUGGGUACAAGCUGGAGGAGGAUCGGAAAACCUGCAUCCUCCUGGAUGACCAUGUGGAGGCUUUAAAUGGCCGGCUGAGUUAUGAAACGUACUAUCCUGAGGUAACUUUCUACCACGGAGAGGAACUGACCCAAUUGUUUGAUGAGGAGGAGGAUGUCGCUGGGGAAGGAGAAGCACGUGGAGAAUUCACCUUGUCGCAGAGCUUUGUGUGCUGGGACGGUACCUUUGGGAAUGACUGCAGUUUGACCUGCGAGGACUGUAGGAACGGUGGCACUUGCAACGAAGCUCAGGAUGGAUGCAUUUGCCCAGAGGGAUGGACUGGGAUUGUGUGUAACCAGACUUGUCCAGAGGGAACAUUUGGGAAAAACUGCAGCUUCUUGUGCAAGUGUAAGAACGGUGCGACAUGUGAUCCGCUGGCGGGGAAGUGCCGCUGUCCUCCAGGGGUCAGUGGUGAGAUGUGCGAGGAUGGUUGUCCCAAGGGGCUUUAUGGAAAAGCCUGUAACAAGAAGUGCAACUGCGCCAACAACGGACGCUGCCACCGAAUCUAUGGUGCCUGUCUCUGUGAUCCUGGGCUUUACGGACGCUUCUGCCAUCUGCCUUGCCCAAAGUGGACACACGGGCCUGGCUGCUCCAGCCAAUGUCAGUGUGAGCCGCACAACACGCUGGAAUGUAACCGCAAGGAUGGAAGCUGCAUCUGCAAGCCUGGCUACCAUGGACUCUCCUGUCAAAAUGCUUGUGAUCCCGGCUUCUAUGGAACUGGAUGCAACAGUAAGUGUAGCUGUUCGGUAGGAGUUUCCUGUGACCAUGUGACUGGCGAAUGCAAGAUGCUGUGUCCUAAGGGAUAUCACGGAAAAAACUGUAGCCAAGAAUGUGCCAACGACAAGUUUGGAGCCAACUGUUUGCAGACAUGUGACUGUGGGGGAGCCCCGUGUCACCGGAUGACUGGAGAAUGCAUCUGCCCCGCCGGCAGAACUGGCCUUGGCUGCAAAAACGAUUGCCCACCAGGCUACUGGGGCCUGGGCUGCCAAGAGAGCUGCCCUGACUGUCAGAACAAUGCAACCUGUGAUAAGGAGACUGGUCAGUGCACCUGCCCACCAGGAUUCAUCGGGAAACUCUGUCAAAACAUUUGCCCAGCAGGCCGAUAUGGCCCGGGCUGUCAAAUGCAAUGUGGCUGUGAGAACAAGGGGCAGUGUAACCCUGUCACAGGACACUGUAAGUGCUCUCCAGGAUGGACAGGCCACCACUGCAGGAGAGCCUGCGAUGCCGGCCGAUGGGGUCCAGACUGUUUGAGCACUUGUGACUGCAGGAACAGUGAUGGGAGUUGCCACGCCAUCACUGGACAGUGCAUCUGUGAGGCAGGUUUUACCGCCCAGCGCUGUGACCAGAAGUGUCCUGAAGGUACCUACGGGUCUGGCUGCCGAUACCGGUGUCACUGUGAAAAUGGGGCAGCAUGCGAUCAUGUGAGCGGUGCUUGUAACUGUACAGCAGGUUGGGUUGGGACGUACUGUGAGCGAGCUUGUCCGGAUGGAUUCCACGGCCUGGAGUGCCACCAGGUUUGUGACUGUCGGAAUGGCGCUCGCUGUGACCAUGUGACAGGAUCCUGCUCGUGCCCCGCAGGCUGGAUUGGACUGAACUGCAACCAGUCAUGCCCAGGACAGACCUACGGGGAGAACUGCACCCAGCCCUGUCACUGUAGCAACGGUGCCAGCUGUGAUCCUGUGACUGGUCAGUGCAUCUGUGCUCCGGGAUGGAUAGGAGAUCAGUGUCAGGAAGCAUGCUCCCCUGGUUUCUAUGGUACCGGCUGUUUGCAGAGAUGUAUCUGUCAGAAUGGUGGAUGGUGUGAUCACAUGACAGGUCACUGCACGUGCCGUGUAGGAUGGACAGGAGUGGCAUGCGAGCUGGAGUGCACCCCAGGAAGGUAUGGGCUGGACUGCCAGCAGCAGUGUGACUGCCUGAAUGAGGGGCUAUGUGACCGUCAGAGUGGCAAGUGCUUUUGCCGUCCAGGAUGGAUGGGGGUGAAGUGUGAAACCCCUUGCCCGAGUGGAACUUACGGAGAGCACUGCGAGGAACGUUGUGAUUGUGAGCACGGAUCAUCAUGUCAUCAUGUGACAGGGAUGUGCCAGUGCACGGAGGGAUGGAGAGGGAGACGAUGUGAGAAAGCUUGCUGGCCAGGUUACUAUGGCGAUAGCUGUGCGCAGCGAUGUAACUGUUCCCCCCAUCUCCCCUGCAACCAUGUAACGGGUGAAUGUGGCUGCCCCCCAGGGUUUACGGGCAACGGCUGUGAACUGAACUGCCUGCCAGGUACCUAUGGGCAGAACUGUAACCAGGUAUGCCAGUGUUCUGCCCAGAACCAGCAAUGCCACCCAGUCAGCGGAGAGUGCAUCUGUGCACCUGGUUACCAUGGAGAAAGCUGCAACCUGAGAUGUCCAGCUGGAAGAUACGGAUCCAGCUGUGUUCAGGAAUGUCGGUGCCUGAAUAGGGGCCUUUGUGAGACAGUGACAGGAACGUGUGUCUGUCCACCUGGGUACAUCGGGGCAGACUGCAAUCAGACCUGCCCUGCUGGUCACUACGGGAUGGACUGCGCUCUGAUCUGUUCCUGUGGGGAAGGAGCGAGAUGUGACCACGUAACCGGGUGGUGCACCUGCCCAGCGGGAAGAACUGGCUCCCAGUGCCAGCACGUGUGCCCCAAAGACAGGUUCGGCGACGGGUGUCAGGACGUCUGUACCUGCAGAAAUGGUGGAUUGUGCAGUCCAAUUAAUGGCUCCUGUUCCUGUGGCCUGGGCUGGACCGGACCCCACUGUGAGCAAGAGUGUCCCCUCGGGAAGUUCGGUGCGAACUGCCAGUUGGACUGUGCCUGCCACACCAAUGCGAGCUGUGAGCGAGUUACCGGGCACUGCCACUGCCCGAGAGGCUAUUAUGGGCGAUCCUGUGAGCACGUCUGCCCACCUGGAUUUCACGGAUUGAACUGCCAGCACCCGUGUGACUGUAGAAACGGCGCGUCCUGUGACCCUGUGACUGGCCGGUGUUUGUGCUCAGCUGGUUACCACGGAGAGCACUGUGACGCAGAAUGUGAGCGGGGACAAUACGGAGACCAUUGUCAGCAGCUGUGUGAUUGCGAAGACGGGGCUCCUUGUGAACCUGCAACCGGAUUGUGCCUUUGUCCCCCAGGGAAAACAGGCACCAGGUGUGACAUUGAUUGCCAAGCCAAUCGCUACGGACCUAACUGCUCCUUAAGCUGUGACUGCUCCAAUAACGCUCACUGCGACCCUCGGAAUGGACACUGUACUUGCCUGGAUGGCUGGAUUGGGCCCACCUGCAAGGAAGGAGGGCCUCCAAAACCACCUCAUCACCUGCAGGACGUGGCCCACAGGAACGUGGUAUCAGACACCAGCUCAGGGCUGUAGUCACCUUAGCAAGUUCAAAGGCAGCUGUCAAGGAGACUGCUUCUCAAAGUACACCCUGCCUGAAGACAGACAGCACUGAAAGCAGAAUUAUGGGACUGUACGUUUGGAGAAUUGGGCACGAAUCCCACCAUCUUUCAGACCAUUUGGCUAAUUUUAAAAAAAACAUGGAUUUGCGGACGGAUUUUCGGAUCCAGCCUCACCUUGUGGUCCAGGCGAAAAGGAGGUGUUGGAACCCCUGGCUUUCCCAUCUCCUUGGAACUCUGAACGAUGAACUUUAGGCUAAUGGAAAUAUUCUUGAUACCUUAAAGACCUUUCUUCUACUAUAAUAUACAAUAUAUAUAAUUUUAUUUUUAUAAAUUAAAUCCCAGAUCACUGGGAUUAUUAGGACUACAGGUUGGUUUCAAUCCUGGCACAACUUUAACUGACCGAGGAAGUGAUUAAACAUCGUACCUCAAAUUUGCCAUCCAGUGUUGGUUAGAGGGUGGCUUUUCCACUUCGGUGGGAAGUUUGCACACUGACAUCAAGACUUUGCAAUCACUACAAGGCAGCAGGGAAGCAGGUGCUCUGUAAUGGAUGAAGCUGCCUGCCCGUCUGGAAACAACGAACAUUGGCAUCUGCAGAGACUCAAUUAGCAGGGUGAAUGGAAUGUGACCGUGUUGAGAGAACAUGCCUCUGACAUUCAGGGACCCAGCAAUUGCCACUACAAUCUGUUCAAGACCAGUUCUACCUUCAGUAUCUGUUAGGCAUAUUAACUCUCAGCCAAUGCUUCCCCUUGUUUCAUUAACCAGCUCAGAGCAGUCCACAGGAAGGUUGUGACAACACAAGUCAAGCUGAACUAUCAUAGAAUCCUCAAUAAACCCGUCAAAAGGCAGAACAGCAAAUUAUUAUGAGGCCUUUCUCCCUCCAUGUUGGUUGUAUCUUUAAAGUCCUUAAAUUUUGUACAAAUUUACAACUUCUCCAUUCCCUAUACGGAAAUAAAAAUUCUGCCUUCAAU